AUGAAUAACCAAUUAGCCGUAGCGACAAUCUCACUAGGAUGGCACGAGUGUCAUACCUUGGAAAGCAAGCUGGAGGCCAUCAAGCAGUCGGGCAUCCAGGGUAUCGAGCUCUGCGACUACGAUCUAACUCGAUAUGCAUCACACCAUCGGCUCGAUCGCAAGAAAGCGGCCGAGCUAAUUGGAGAAUUGUGCAAAGACCUCAAGCUGACUGUAGUCGCCUACGCAUCCUUCGAAAAGUUCGAGGGACAGCUAAAGCCCCUGAACGAGCGGCUCGAGAAAGCCCAAGAGUGGUGCGACAUUGCGGCUCGACUAGGAAUGGACAUGAUUCAGGUUUCGAGCAACACCGAUCCUGAAGCAAAUGGCGACGAGGCUGUCAUCGUGUCCGACCUACGAUCGCUCGCCGAGCUGGGACAAUGCCAUGAACCGCCGAUACGCUUUGCAUACGAAGCUCUCGCAUUUGGCGUCCAUGUCGCAGACUGGGAGGAGUCAUUGAGGAUUGUCAAACUCGUGGACCAGAAGAACUUUGGCCUAUGUCUGGACACUUACCAUGUCUUGGGACGUCUGUGGGCUGAUCCCAGCUCCCACUCCGGAAAACGACCUGGCGGCGAUGCAGCGAUGAGAGAUACCCUGCAGAGAUUCAGGGACCUUUGUCCGCCUGAAAGGAUCUUCUACAUACAGCUCAGCGACGGCGAGUUUGCGAACCCACCAAUUCUCCCGGGCCAUGUGGCGUACGACAGAGACACAGAACUGCUGUUUUCGUGGUGUUUAUACGGCCGGAUAUUUCCCCUGGAAAGGGAAUACGGUGCAUACCUACCCAUGGAAGACAUUUUGCGAACUUGGCUUGUCGAAAGCGGCUGGACGGGCUGGGUGAGCAUGGAAGUGUUUCAUCACAGCAUGCGAGAGGAAACUGCUGGACCCACAAGCUGGACUGUUCGCGCUGUAUUGUCUUGGGACAGAGUACAGAAGAUGCUUGAGGCGUGA